CAUUCCCUUGCCAUCUUUACCAGACUUUUCUUCUUUAGUCUUUCUUAAGCUUAUUCCGUGCAUCUCCCUUUCAUUCUCUUUUUCUCCACUCUUUCAAUCUCUUUGCCAGACCAUAUUUGUUAUUUGCCUUCCAGGUGUUUUAUUUUUAUUCGCUUUUUGGACGGUUCUUUUACGAACUCUGCUGAGCUUCUCUACUCCCUCUGAACUUUUUUGAGUCUGAACACCUGUGAGUCCCGUCCGUGAGGACCUGAUUUUCACCAACUUUUUUAGAGGUGAGAGAUGCAUUGCUUCUUCCUGUAAAACGAAUCCUGCAGUUUCUUCAAAUCCUCAAGCAAAGUACCAAUUUUUAUCUUCUUUCCUUUUUGUGAGAGGUUGCUCUCUUCUCACCUAGAAAAGCUUCCCCUGUCACGGAUUGCUUCACUCUCCUUUACUCAAUCUUCUCUGUUAUAACCCACGUAAUCUUCCUCCAUUCGACCACCACAAAAUGCAUCCCUCAACCAUCAGCGACGACGCCCUCAUUCAUGUGGAGACUCCUAACCACGACCGCGAAUCCUCCUCCCCGACACGGUUCCAUGAGCCAUGCCAACUUGCCACCGUCCCGUUGCUUCUCCAACCGUCCUAUGCCAGGUCGAAAUCGCUCAUCUCUGAUGAUCUCCGCCACUUCCGAAUCAGCCUCAGGUGGUGCGCGCUCGAUCAGUCCUCCUGUUUCGGGAUGUUCAUCUCCAUUUUCACGUUCAUACUUUUCACGUUCGUCAUUCCAAUAGUGAGCUCCCUAGCCGUGAAAGUACCAUCGACAGCUCCAGUCGAGAACCCGAUAUCUUUCAACCUGCUUGUCCAGUUCCCGGAAUCGGGCUUAGCGGCAAUUGGCUUCUUCACACUAUGCAGGUUCUUCAAUAAGUAUGGGCUGCGGCAGCUCCUCUUCCUCGAUGUGCUUGAAUAUGACUCCGCCCCUGUGCGUCGUAACUACACCCGCGAGCUCGACAAGUCGUUCCGAUACCUGUCCUACAUCCUCCUCCCUUCCUUCCUUGUCGAACUUACCCACAAGGUUGUCUUCUUCUCGACCGUCUCCAUGUCCUUCUCCCUCCCCUUCCCCUUCCCAUCCAACGCUGUCCUCUUCGUCCUCGUCCUCGCCUCCUGGAUCUACCGAACCGGCAUCUUCCUCCUUGUCUGUGUCCUGUUCAGGCUGACCUGCGAGCUCCAGAUCCUAAGGCUCGGUGGCCUCCACGGGAUGCUUGAGGGCUGCGGGUCCGACCCGAGUGCCAUAUUUGAUGAGCACGUCAGGAUCAGGAAGCAGCUGUCCGCAACAAGCCACCGGUACCGUUUCUUCAUCAUCAGUUGCCUCCUGACGAUGACAGUGAGCCAGUUUGCAGCACUGCUGAUCGUCCUGGCAUCAAAGACCGAGAAGAAUUUCUUCAAUUCCGGAGAUCUUGUAGUGUGUUCGGUUGUUGAGCUGAGUGGUCUGUUCUUGUGCUUGUUGGGGGCUGCAAGAAUCACCCACAGAGCUCAAGGGAUCGCCUCUUUGGCCACUAGAUGGAACAUGCUAGUGACUUCCGCUUCUGCUUCUGGUUCGAACCGGCCGAAACCCGAAACUGUGGAACACAACGGCUGGCACAGCGACACCGACUCGGAUCUCCUCAUCCCAGUCUCCACCUUCUCAGAUUCUAGCUCAUUCCAAAUCCGACAAGCACUAGUGGCGUACUUGGAGCGGAACAAUGGCGGGAUAACGCUGUACGGGUUCGCACUGGACCGGGGGCUGCUGCACACGAUCUUUGCAUUCGAGUUCUCGCUCGUGCUGUGGAUACUGAGCAAGGUGGUGGUCCUGUCUUGAUCUACAAGAAACAAGUUUUCCCCCCACUUUUUUCCCUCGAGCUUUUAUAUAUUAUCUACUGAAAUCGAUUCUCACUUGUAACAAUUGAAUCAUGUAAACUUUUCCUCGUCCCUAGUUCAUCAGUUUUCAAAUGUUUUCUACAUCAGAUUUGAGCCAAAAAAAGUCCCUGACAAGCGACUGCAAGAAAGCGAGAAGCGCUCGUUUGUAACAAUUGAAGGAUGAAGAUUGAAACUCGAGCAAAACAGAGAACUCGAUAGACGUUUGAGUCCCGCAUGGCCCCAUGGAAGGUAUGAGGAUGUCAAACGAACGAUGCAAAAGAGCAAGCGGACUCGGUCUUGAAACUCGUACCAUUCUCGGCCUUUUGUCCAAGAUCGUUUUCGAUCUUCCCUAGAUACCACGUGUGAUGAAUUAUUCCAAUGAAGAUCUCGUUGGUUCUAAGUUA